AUGGCCUCAACCUCUGUAGCUGCUAGCUCAGCAGCUAGGUCAGCGGCCACUGUAGUGAACAUCCCUCAACCUUCUUCCCCAUUCGCGUCUCUGCUUCGACGCUCCCGCUUCGCCACAUUUGACCCAAAAAUCAGACAAACAUACUACACACCCCCCUCACAUGCGUCGAGAGGCUCCUGGGGCCUGAAACGUCCAUUGGCGCUUCGCAGACGGAAUGCCUUCAUUACCCUCCCUGCUCCCUUCGAAGAUCGAGCCCAGUUUAUUGAAUGGAGCAAAGCCGAAGACGAAGUGCGGUUUAUCAGGCGGUUCGAAGAGAUGCAGGUCCGGCCUAUGACCAGGCCAAAGACGACAUGGGCCAAAACUCUCGGUUCAAAGAAUUCAAAAAACUGGAUCAUAGAUUCAGAGUUUUGUCACAGAUACGAGGGACCUGAGGCAGAGGAAGAAGGCUUUGGGUCUAACGAAAACCUUCUUCAGGUGCAGGCGCGAGAGGCCGAGGAAGGAAGACGCGGGGAACAACGAAAUUCCGUCCCUGAUGAUCUAAGUGGCUAUGGGAACUCAGGACCAGGGAACUAUGGGCACCGUCGAGCGCUGACUACCCACGUUGUGCGGCUUUCACCAAACAUUGAAGCCAUGAUGCCGGAUCAGUUUGAACGUUACGUUCGUCGUCUCCGCCAACUUCGCCCAAAGUUCAAGGAAUUUCUGCAGCGAGCCGCUGUAGAUGAUGAACGCGUGUUGCAAAAAUUGAAACGAGACGUUUUAGAGACGGAGAGGAAUGCGGCUAAGGAUCGAACCCUCAGACCGAAAGUUUUGAAGCAAACUCGCGACCUCGACGCGACCAGAGCCUCAUUACUAAGCCCGGAUAAAAAUCUGUUGGAGAUUGCGCAGAUUCCAUCUGCAGAGUAUCAUCGUCGAUUUAUCGAAGCCUACACUGCUUCCCAAUUCUCCGACGUCUCUACUUCGAACAAUGUUGUCAUCGAGCAACGGCCACAUCAAGUAGGCGGUCUCCUCUACAGCCACCCAUCAUUCCUUCAUACGCAGCUCUUUGCCACUCCCCAGCCAGGAAUCAUCCUUCAAAAUGCAGAACAAAAAACCACUUUUGGGCAGGAAACCAUUUUUGUCGGGUCGUUUGGUGGACUCACGCCCGUCAUCCGACAGGAGGACCGGGGAGACAAAAUUCCUUUGUUGAACCACAAUUCUCCUCAGGGUAUUGAGCGGGAGAACAUCAGGCGCAGCGUCGCUAAGAUGCGCAUGGUCCCUGGUAGUGUCGUGAUAGAGGAACCCCCAUUGUCUGUUGCAAGAAAUUCCAGUGGUCUGAAGACAACCCGGAUUAGCAGUUCUGCUGUGGUCGUUGGCUCACAGGCGAUGUUCAGUAAUAGCAACCCUUAUAGGAUUGGGUCUAUGGAGUACGUCGCGUUGGAACCGCUGAAGAAAAAGGGCGAUGUUUCCGCUGGUGUUAAGUCGAAUCUGGACAAGAAACCUCUCCAUUCUCAAAUUGUCCAAAAGAAUACUGCCACCUGGGGCAAGAACGUGGCUGCAUCCUCGAAGGUUGGGGGCACACAAGCUGGCCUAACUAAUGGGAAAAAUUUGCUGUCGACACUGAGAAUAUUAGUUGCGAACCCACCAUCAGGUACUCAUGGUGUACACUAA